GGCUCCAAUAGCUACACGGUUCUUUCCCUACGCCUAAGCAGCGACCUCACUGCUAAAACCCAGGUGCCAAACAGAAAUCAAAUCUCCUUUGGCUCUUUACUACAGAGACGACAGAAGCAACCGAAGCAAGGCAACUUGCCUUGCAGUUAUAGUCGGUAAUCGCGGAAGCACCACUUCCGCUGACGUCAUCACGCCGACACGUGGAUCCAAGAUGGCGGUGGCGAUGGUUUGGUGGCCAAGGUUCCUGCUACUUCUCUGUCUCACGUGUCAAACAAGUACCUUCUAUGUCCCUGGGGUUGCACCAAUCAACUUCCACCAGAACGACCCCGUAGAAAUCAAGGCUGUGAAGCUUACCAGCUCUCGAACCCAGCUACCUUACGAAUACUACUCGCUGCCCUUCUGCCAGCCCAGCAAAAUAACCUACAAGGCUGAGAAUCUUGGAGAGGUGCUGAGAGGGGACCGGAUUGUCAACACCCCUUUCCAGGUUCUCAUGAACAGUGAGAAGAAGUGUGAAGUUCUGUGCAGCCAGUCCAGCAAGCCAGUGACCCUGACAGUGGAGGAGAGCCGGCUGGUGGCCGAACGCAUCACAGAGGACUACUAUGUUCACCUCAUAGCUGACAACUUGCCUGUGGCCACCCGACUGGAACUCUACUCCAACAACCGUGACAGUGAUGACAAGAAGAAAGAAAAAGAUGUACAGUUUGAACAUGGCUACCGGCUUGGCUUCACAGAUGUCAAUAAGAUCUAUCUGCACAAUCACCUCUCCUUCAUCCUUUACUUCCACCGGGAGGACAUGGAAGAGGACCAGGAACAUACAUACCGUGUCGUCCGCUUCGAGGUGAUUCCCCAGAGCAUCAGGCUGGAGGACCUCAAAACAGAUGAGAAGAAUUCGUGCACGCUACCUGAGGGUACCAACUCCUCACCCCAAGAAAUUGACCCUACUAAGGAGAAUCAACUAUACUUCACCUACUCUGUGCACUGGGAGGAAAGUGACAUCAAAUGGGCCUCUCGCUGGGACACUUACCUGACCAUGAGUGAUGUACAGAUCCACUGGUUUUCCAUCAUUAACUCUGUCGUGGUGGUCUUCUUCUUGUCAGGCAUCCUGAGCAUGAUUAUUAUUCGGACCCUCCGGAAGGACAUCGCUAACUACAACAAGGAGGAUGACAUUGAAGACACUAUGGAGGAAUCUGGGUGGAAGCUUGUGCAUGGUGAUGUCUUCAGGCCACCCCAGUACCCCAUGAUCCUCAGCUCUCUGUUGGGCUCAGGCAUUCAGCUCUUCUGCAUGAUCCUCAUCGUCAUCUUUGUGGCAAUGCUUGGAAUGUUGUCGCCAUCCAGCCGUGGAGCCCUCAUGACCACUGCCUGCUUCCUCUUCAUGUUCAUGGGGGUAUUUGGUGGAUUUUCUGCUGGCCGUCUGUACCGUACUCUAAAAGGCCAUCGGUGGAAGAAAGGAGCCUUCUGUACAGCAACACUGUAUCCUGGUGUGGUUUUUGGCAUCUGCUUUGUGUUGAAUUGCUUCAUCUGGGGAAAGCACUCAUCAGGAGCAGUACCCUUUCCCACCAUGGUGGCUUUGCUGUGUAUGUGGUUCGGGAUCUCCCUGCCUCUCGUCUACUUGGGCUACUACUUCGGCUUCCGUAAGCAGCCAUAUGACAACCCUGUGCGCACAAACCAGAUUCCCCGGCAGAUCCCUGAGCAACGGUGGUACAUGAACCGAUUUGUGGGCAUUCUCAUGGCUGGAAUCCUGCCCUUCGGCGCCAUGUUCAUCGAAUUGUUUUUCAUCUUCAGUGCAAUCUGGGAGAACCAGUUCUAUUACCUCUUUGGUUUCCUGUUCCUCGUUUUCAUCAUCCUGGUAGUGUCCUGUUCACAAAUCAGCAUCGUCAUGGUGUACUUCCAGCUAUGUGCAGAGGAUUACCGCUGGUGGUGGAGGAAUUUCCUUGUUUCUGGAGGAUCUGCAUUCUACGUCCUGGUUUAUGCCAUCUUUUAUUUCGUUAACAAGCUGGACAUUGUCGAGUUCAUCCCCUCUCUUCUCUACUUUGGCUACACAGCCCUCAUGGUCUUAUCCUUCUGGCUGCUCACGGGUACCAUUGGCUUCUAUGCAGCCUACAUGUUUGUCCGCAAGAUCUAUGCCGCUGUGAAGAUAGACUGAGUGGGUGGACCAUGGCCAGACCCACUCCAUCCUUGGACAGGAAGCCACCUGCACAGGGAACUGCAGGCACAAUAAAGUAACUCCUGCUCAUUUGGAAUGUAACUCCUGGCACAGUGUUCCUAGAUCCCCAGGCUUCGAGGAGGGGCAGGAGGGCCUGUAGAUAAACCUUGCGUUUUCCUUCAUCUUAUUCCAGGUCUAUAAGGAAUGAGGGGUUUUUGUGGUUUGUUUGGGUUUUUUUUGUUGUUGUUUUUUUCUUCAAUACUAAGAAAGAUUCCUCUAGCAGGAGCUGUCUAAACCUGUUAAUUCAGGUUUAUUUUUCGUUUGGGUUUUUUAUUUGGUUUUUAAACAAAUGGAUCCAGAAUGGAUAAAUGCUGGGUUUUGGUCACUGUCUCCACAUCAGCUCCUCAGAGCUGUUGGCCACCCUACCACUGACUGGAAGAGAGAAUACCAGGGCUGUAGUGAGGGUUCCGAGCCCUCAUUGCAUGCCCUCACCACCGAUGCUACAACGCAGCACAGCUCCAGCCCAGACAGCAGCCUCAGUGCCAACCAGCUUCUGCUGGCCCCUCUCCCUCCCAUUCUCUUCCCCAGCCUGUCCUCUGGGCUGCCCAAGACAGGGCUUCCAGCCAAGCUGUUGUCAUCAUUUCACUGGGAGCAAGCCCAAGCCAUGGUCACUACAAGGAAGUUACCUGGACGUACCAGCAUUGGGCUCCCAGGACAGCAAGAAUUGCCCCCCUCAUCAGGGCAGCUAGUUUGCUGACCAACAAGGAGGAAGAGAUGAGACCAGCAGUGAACUGUUCUCGUGCCAAGAACACUGGACCCAGGGCCAAGUGUUUUCAGAGCCAAGCAUCUGUGUAUGUCUUGGAAGAGGUAGCUAAGGCCACUAGGGUGCUUACCCCUCAAGAUUGCUCCCCAGUUCUUUCCUCAGGAGGUGCCACUGAGGAAGUAUGCUGGUGGUGUAUCUUCUCUUCCCUCACUUUCAGGCCUGGAGUCCUCAGAGCCCCUCCUUGAAGAGGCUGGGCAGAGGCAUUCUCUCCUGUGUCCCCUGGCCUCAACAUUUAUACUCAGUUCUUUUUAGCCAGACCCGUCCCCUCUCCCUCCCGUGCAAUUUCUUUUGGGGACACCCAGAAAACUGCUCUGAGAAGGAAGAUGGAAGGUAAGUUUAAUUGGUCCCUCCCCAGUUCCCAGCAAUAGGCAAGAAACCCAGUCUCCCCAUUUUGGAAGGAGGCUUACAUUCCUAGCCUUGCUCCUCCAAAGCCCCCGUUCUUCCUAGAAGGUAGCCCUGCCUAUCCUGUGCAAGUCACAGACAUUGCUCUUAAGUUGCAAGACCAAAUCCACCCUGGGUUUAGGAUUCAAUUACAGACACUCACCCCUGCUCCAGUCCUUUGGGACACUGCCAGGAGAUAAAGCUCAGGAUGCUGGUUAUGCUAGGAACACACCCUGCCCCCCUCGGGCCCUGCUACCACCAUCAAUCAAGUCGGUGAACCUCUCAGUCUUGCCUCACAGUGACUCCACAGCACCAAGUAUGUCCACCAAGAAUCAGGCUGGAGAAAAGGGAGCC